AUGACUUUGGAAGAUGACACACCUGGUAGCGUCGCCAUGGUAACAGCACCUGGUCAUCACCUCAGUGCAGGUGUGGUCGAAGAUGACCACACUGUACCCGAAGCUGGACACCUUCUUGAAGAUGAGGAACUGGCAUAUCUGCAGCUGAUGAGCGACGGUGAAGCCCGCCACCCCUGGUCGAUAUGGCGUCGGACCACGAACACGAUCCAGGCGUCUUCUCACAAGACGGCCGGUUCACCUGCGCGGGGCACCGUCCUGGCCGUGCUGCUCACCCUCGCCGGUGCCAGACCCAGAGAAGGGGUCGCCCAGCCCACCGGAAGCUCGCUGUACUUCAUCUCCACCACUCCACGCCCGGUCCGCCUCCAGGUGUUGCUUGCAGUCCACUGGUUGCACAAGAGCUUCAGGUUUGUUACAUCUGAAUUUGGAGACAGAAGAUCGGCGACAGCAAAUCGAUCAAUUGAAUUGGGGAUUCAAUCUAGACCUCGCCCCGCUCGGCUGAUCCUCAAGGCCCUGCUCUCCCUGUCCCCUGGUGUUCCAAUGUUGCCCAAGAAACAUACGUCCGGUCCGGUGCUGAGAAAAGAAAUAAAACAAGAAGAGAGAAUGUAUUCAUGGAAUUUCAAAUAGGUGCUCUAAAUAAGUACUUUUUAGGAACAAGUAUUGUUGAUAUCAACAACAAUAAUCAAAUGCAUGAAUCUGAUCUGGGUGAAGACGAUGAGCUGGAUUCAAAUGCAAAUCUUGAGGUCAAUGAACAAUCCUUGGGUGACACUAAGUAACUAACUAGUGUCGAUUUGUUUGGAGAAGAUGUUAUUCCGUGAAGCACAAAAUAAUUAUUAUCGGUUGAGUUAUUCAAAUUUGGUUCUUAUUUGAGGUAACCAAACUAGCAUGGCAUAUUUUUUUAUAUUGCUACUCUUUAAUUU